UUUCUUUGUUUUUUUUUCUUAUUGUAGAGACGAUCCGCCAUCGACAGAGAAAGUGGGUAUGAGAAGAGGAACAACAACAAGGUUAUAGCAACAGCGAAAACGGCAAGUAUAAAAACAGCAACUACAAAAACAGCAUCCGUAACAUCAUCAUCAACAGCAACAUCAAAAUGAGUAACAACAGCAAUGAGAAAGAAAUGGCUGUGCGAGUAGAGUGCUAUCCUGAAGAAGCUCUUAUUGACCAAGUGAUCUCUAUCCAGGUAUUGAACUUGCUACCCUUUACUUCAGUCACCAUCAGUGCCUGGAUAGAGCAGAAUGGUAAACACUUUGGUUCGUAUAGCCACUACACAGUUUCAGAACAUGGUGAUGUAGAUUUGAGCAAAGAGUGUGCAGAACCUUCUGGCUUGUACGUUGGUGUGGAAUCUAUGGGUCUUUUCUGGAGCAUGGUGUCUGUCCCAGGACAGCGGACUGGUGAGCGACUUUACCAGAGUGAAGCAAGUGAACCUCUCGCAUUUGAGAUACGAGUGUACGAUGGUCACUUGUGUUGGGAUGAGUUGUGGGUGAAGUAUGAAGAACGGGGUGUUAUAAAGGCUGGUUGUAGUGAGGAGAACCUCCUGGCUAAGAAGGUAGUCCUGCGCUCAUAUAAGGCUCCGGAUGUGAGUCGAAUUGUGGUGGAAACGGGGCGUAUCCGAGGAACGUUGUUUAUCCCAGCUGGCUUGCGGGAUGGCGAGACACGCCCUGGGGUGAUUGAUAUGUUUGGUUCCCGUGGUGGGUUGUUAGAAAUGAGGGCUGCACUUCUUGCAUCUCAUGGGUUUGUCGCCAUGGCGCUGGGUUACUUCUACUACAAAGACCUGCCGACUGAAUUACGUUUUGAAUACGAGUACUUUGAGGAAGCAGCUCAUUGGUUGCAGAGCCAACCUAAUGUGGCCCCAGGGGGAAUUGGCAUGGUGGGUGUGUCACUCGGGGCACAGAUCACCCUCUACAUGGGUUUAAACUGUCCGAUUGUGAAAUCAGCCGUCGGUAUAGGCCAUCCACCUACAUUUGGCACUGGGACUAAAUUUACAAGGGCUGGACAACUUGUCCCUUGCCUCAAUUUGCAGUGUAUAAGUAUAGUGAUCCAAAACGAUGGUAUGAGAUCAAUGCAAGUGGAAUAUGAUCUGGAGAAAUACUUCACUUUUAAUACCAGUCACACACCCUCUUUACUCAUAAUCCUUGGCGCGGAGGACACGAUGGUAAAAGGGUCCGAUGUUACAAAGUGGUUAGACACCUUGAGUGACGCUGACCGGUCAAUGGUAGAAGUGGCCGUUUACGAAGGUGCUGGUCAUCUCAUAGAGCCACCUCAUGCCCCACUCUGCUCCGCCACGUAUCACAAGUGGUUGAAAGGGGUAGCGUAUUAUGGCGGCACGCCAAAGUUACAUGCUGUGGCACAGGAAGAGUCAUGGAAACGGAUAAGAGACUUUCUGUGGAAUACACUUGGGAAAGGGUACACUAAAAGUCGUUUGUGAACCAAAAAAAAAAAAGCAAAAAACAAACAUUAAUACCAGUGGUGGUGGUGGCAGUGGUAUUCUGUUUAAACAAGAAACUAAGGUAAAAAAUAUCUGCCUUCGUGCUCAAGGGUGUACAGAGAUUUGUACACUCAGUCACUCUUUUGCCCCGAGUGAUUAUCUCCCUUGCUAUGACUGAAAUUAUUACAAGUGACAGAAAUACAACACUUAGUUACUAGAAUGCCUAUGCAUUUACAACAAAGGGACAUAACUGGACAUUACUACCAUGUGAUGAUGGAUAAAACAUCAGAUGAGCUUUAUAUUUGUAUGUGUGUUUGUAAAUACAUAUAUGUGUGUGUGUAUGUAUGUAUAUAUAUAUAUAUAUGUGUGUGUGUGUGUGUAUAUAUAUAUAUAUAUAUAUAUAUAUAUAUAUAUAUAUAUAUCAGGCUCAGUAAAAAGUAAGCAACAAUUUGAAACAUGAAAUUCAUCACAAUGUAUUUCAACAAUGCGCAAAUUUUAUUUAUCAAAGUAAGUACCAUUACAAUCAACACAUUUUCCCCAACGAGUUUCAAAUUGGUUUAUUCCGGUAACAUAAAAAUCUGGAGUUCUGGACCUGAUGAACUCUUUGAACGCACUUUCAGCAUCGGUUUGAUUUUUUUAACUCCUUCUCUUGCAGGAAACCAUCAAGGUGCUUGAAAAAGUAGUAGUUGGUAGGAGAAAGGUCUGAGGAAUAAGCUGGGUGGGGAAGAACAUCGUAGCCAAGUUUCCUCAACUUAUGGAGCAUCAUUAGCGAAACGUGGUUGAGCAUUGCCAUGAAGAAUGAUUGUCCCUCUUUUGUUGACCAGUCUGAGAUGGAGGAAUGGCAGUUUUUCAUUCAUUUUGGCAAUUUCAUGGCAAUAUGUUUCUGCUGUAAUGGUUUUUCUGGGUUGUAAGAAGGUAUAGUGGAUGAGUCCAACAGUACACUACCAAACAGUCACCAUAACCUUCUUUUCGAAGAGCUCAGGUUUAGGAAAGGUUUUCGGUGCUUCAUUUUGGUCCAACCACUGCGAAAAACAUUUGUGAUCCACUUUUCACUUUUCAUCACAAGUUACAAUACGGUUGAGAAAUGGAUCGUCCUGGUUACGGAAAAGAAGCAAGAAACAACUGUCAUAUCUGCGCAUUUUCUGAUUUUCAUUCAAAUCGUGUGGUACCCAUUUGUUGAGCUUUUUUUGAUUUUCCAAUCACAUGCAAAUGGUUGCAGGCAGUUUUCUGACUAACUUGAAGUCCUUUUGCCAAUUCUCGAGUAGUUUUACCUGGGUCUUUCUCAACAACGGUCUUUAAUUGACCGUCAUUGAUCACAGGUGGGUGUCCACUACAGUCACAAUCUUCAAGGCUCAGGUCUCCUCUGCAAAAUCGUUUAAACAAUUUUCGAGCUGACCACUCACUGGUCAUUUCCUCGCAAAACAUUUCAUUGAUAUCAUGAAUAGAUUCAGCUGCUUUAUGUCCUUUUUUGAAGUUGAAUAGCAAAAUUGCUCGAAUAUCGUGCUUUGAUAGUUCCAUUUCAGAUGAUUGUAACAACUGUGAAAAAAAUCAAUGUUAAUUUAUUGAUGCAUUUGGGCAAGUUAUGGGCUGUAUAAUCAGACAAUUUUUUUUUUAAAUGUUUAAAAAAAAUUCAAAAUUCUGCAAAAAUCUGGUACAAAUUCUUUAAAGUUCAAAACGUUGCUUACUAUUUACUAAACCUGAUAUAUAUAUAUAUAUAUGUAUGUGUAUGUAUACAUAGUCAAUGCGAAGAUAUAUUAUCUUCAUAAGGGAUUAUUAUAUCCCAAAUUUCAUUGGUUCAAUUGCCAACACCGUUGAGGAAAGUCUUUUCAAUAUGUAUGGGAUUAUCAUAAGUAUAUAUAUUAUUAAAGAAGAAUGAAACGUUUGUCAAGAUAUAAAAUUAAUUUAUUAACUAAC